AUGUCGAAGGUAUCGGGAGCCAAUGUUCGUACCAACAUAGAAGGUAUUUUGAAAGGUUCCGAACAAAAGAGGCGCCAUUUCACUGAGACCGUAGAACUUCAAAUUGGUUUGAAGAACUACGACCCUCAACGUGAUAAGCGUUUCUCUGGUACUAUCAAGUUGCCCAAUGUUCCCCGUCCUAACAUGGCUCUUUGCAUUCUUGGUGAUGCCCACGAUUUGGACCGUGCUAAGCAUGGAGGUGUUGAUGCUAUGUCCGUCGACGAUUUGAAAAAGCUUAACAAGAACAAGAAGCUUGUUAAGAAGUUGGCUAAGAAGUACGAUGCUUUCGUUGCUUCCGAAGUCCUCAUCAAGCAAAUCCCUCGUUUGUUAGGUCCUGGUUUAUCUAAAGCCGGUAAAUUCCCUACUCCCGUUUCUCACAAUGAUGAUUUGUAUGGAAAGAUUAUUGAAGUUAAGUCUACCAUCAAAUUUCAACUGAAGAAGGUCCUUUGUUUGGGUGUUGCUGUUGGACAUGUCGAAAUGACUGAAGAUCAAUUGAUUGCCAAUAUUAUGCUUUCCAUUAACUUCUUGGUUUCUUUGCUUAAGAAAGGCUGGCAAAACAUUGGUUCCUUGGUUAUUAAGUCUACGAUGGGUAAACCCUACCGUUUGUAUUAA